GUCACAAAAUAAAAUCGGUUGCUUAUUUAUAAUAAUGGUGUUUCUUAACCAUAAGCAAAACCAGUGAGAUUCUGAAAGGGUUUUCAUGAUAUUAGGAUAUUAUAGUUUUCAUAUUAUUAUAUACAUAUCAUAUCAGCAGAGCAUUAAACUGUUUCUAAACUUAAUUUUUCCAUUUUUUGCUAGAAACUGGACACGGAAAUUGGGUUAUUUUAUUUAGAUCUAUUUAUUUCCGAGAUCUUACCUUUUUUUCCAAUUAAACACAAUUAUGUUUGAUUGAAAAUUAAAGUGAAUCGAGCAUGGUGACUUGUAAAUAGGAUGCAGUUAAGUGUUUAGUAUACGUGUAUUAUUAUUAUUAUUAUUAUUAUUAUUAUUAUUAUUAUUAUUAUUAUUAUUAAUUUACUGGGAAAAAAUCAACCAGCCCUAAUCUUUCAGGGUCUCCCGCUCUCUGGUUUCCGUUAGAGGGGCGUGGUUGACCCCUGCUGCACCCCGCCUACUAGGUCUGUCCUCGCUCCUACGUCACUGCACCGAUCACCAUGCAAAUCGCUCUCGUUCUUGCACGCCAUUGGCCGCUGGCUCGGUUUAAUCGCUGUCAAAACCCGUCAUAUGGCCGCCACUUUAACUAACUCCUCAGCUCCACUAGGGAAAGUAGCUCCAAUGCGCUUUCAAUUAGCGUGGAUGUAAAACCGCUGUUGGGGACAAGACAAAACAGGCUGCGGGGGAAAAAAAAAAGAAAAAACAACAUCAGAACUUCAGACUCACAGCCACUGUUUGGAUUAAAUUCCACUUCAUUCCGGAGUUCUCCUUGCCUUGCUUGUGUUGCACCUGCUCCGGCGGACCAGCGCCGAAAGUUAAUGCUUUUUUGUGUUGGUUGAGAAGCCUUUAAAGCCACGUGAAUGUAUAGCAUGAUGAUGGAGACGGACUUGCACUCCCCGGGACCCCAGACCAAUACAAACCCGGGGCAGACAGGUCCGAACACGGGAAACAAAGCCAACCAAGAGCGCGUUAAACGCCCUAUGAAUGCUUUUAUGGUGUGGUCCCGCGGGCAGCGCCGGAAAAUGGCUCAGGAAAAUCCGAAAAUGCACAACUCUGAGAUCAGCAAGAGACUCGGCGCAGAGUGGAAGGUGAUGUCAGAAGCUGAAAAGCGGCCCUUCAUCGACGAGGCAAAACGGCUGCGCGCCCUGCACAUGAAAGAGCAUCCGGAUUACAAAUACCGACCGAGGCGCAAAACCAAGACGCUGCUUAAAAAGGACAAGUACUCUCUGGCCGGCGGUCUGCUCGGCGGAGCGGCCACGGGAGCGGGAGUUGGCCUCGGAGUGGGCAUGAGCGCAGCCGGAGUAGGCCAGAGGUUAGAAAGCCCCGGGGGUCAUGGAGGCUCAGCCGGCGCCGGUUACUCGCACAUGAACGGUUGGGCAAACGGCGCGUAUUCGGGCCAAGUCGCUGCCGCCGCCGCUGCUGCUGCUAUGAUGCAGGAGGCACAGCUCGCCUAUGGGCAGCACCCAGGCAGCGGGGCACACCACCACCACCACCCGCAUGCCCACCACCAUCAUCCGCACAACCCGCAGCCAAUGCACCGCUACGACAUGAGUGCUCUGCAGUACAGCCCCAUAUCCAGUUCACAGAGUUACAUGAGCGCGUCACCGCCCGGCUACGGAGGGAUUUCUUAUUCCCAGCACCAAAACGCGGGUGUUGCGUCGUCGGCUGCCAUCGGCACGCUGAGCUCUUUGGUCAAGUCCGAGCCGAACGGGUGAUUGUGAGAGACUCUGCAGGAAUUUGGCAGGCCCGGAGUUUGGAGAGGCGCCCCCACGCUGCGCUGCCAUUCAGUGGUCGAGCGCGCUGUGUGGUUGGGAAGUUUGCACUGAGCCGUGGCCUCAAUAGCUUCACAAAGCUGAUUACAAGCCCCAGCGAGUUCGUGAAGGGAGCGGGCCAGUCACACAGGUGUGCGUUAGAUAGGGGGCAGCCCUCCAGAGCGGGACAAGGCGGGGGGACCACACAAAAAGCCAAAGUGUCCCGGGAAUUUGGUGGGAAAAGGGUGUGUAAAAUGAGGGAAAACGCCAUCUCUUCAAAUGCCCUCCCAUACGUGAGUGCACAGAGGAACUUUUAGUAACAGCGCCGCUUAUUACUGAAGCUCAUUUAGACGGUAUUCUGACUAAAUGAAAACCUACUCUAUUGCAUGCUGUAGUGUACAUCACCGUGUUACUAAUUUGUGGCAUAUGACAAUUUGCAUAGCCUAUGUACAUUUUGUUAAGCUGCAGUCAACUAGUGUUUUAAUGUUAUAAUAACGUAGUGAUGAGGGUUAACACAGAAGCACACACACAUACAAAAAACCGCAGUCGCUUUGCUUAAUCCAUUCUCUCUUAUUCCCUCUGCUCCGCAAAAUAUGACAUCAGUGGACCAGGCAGCGUUUUUAAUUAAAGCGGAGUCUAACUAUCAAUUACUCAAGAAAAACAGAGGCUCCCUAAGGGCCGCUAAUCAGCACCCGAACAGUCGGUCUGCUCGCUCAUUACGGCAACACUACAGCCGGCAGUGAUAAUCAGCCGCAUCUGCCCGUUUCCCUCAUUUACUGCAUCUGAAUGUUCUCAUUCACAACUUCCUAACGCAAUUCUCACGCAUGACGCCGUGUUUGUAUUUUUCUUGAUUAACAAUUUUAACCGUGAUCAUAAUAAACUACUAUUCUUAAACGGUACAAUAACUGAAGCUCCAGCCAGCCUAUGAAAACUAUGAUGCGUGAUACGCCUAAUUACUGUAAUAGAGUUUGGACAGCAGUUUCCCCACUCACGUGGGUCCGUAAGUGUUUGGAUUAUGUUUUAAUAAGCACACAAUAUCCCAAUUUAUACGGCUUAUUUAAUUUCCAUCCUUUAUAGAACCAUGGGUGACUCUAAUGGUCAAAAGAGAGCACAAUGGAUUAUGAAAUACUUUUCUCUCCAUGAAAAGGCUGCAGACCAGUAAACACAUUCUUUGGCGUUUUCUUUUAUACAUUUUAUAAAAAUGUAUGAUAAUAAUUCAAUUCUGCAAUCUUGUUGGGUCCUCUGUGCGUACUUCUGCAUUCAUGUCUUACACCAAAAAAGCCGUUAAUCUAUUGUAACUUUGGCUUCACCUGGGUCCUGUCACCCCCGUCGUCCUCGGGUGAUGAGGGGACAAAAGCGCCCAGGCUCGUCAUUCAGGCGCGACCGACUAUGCUAAUUGAAGUAAAUGGCGAAUACUGAUCCCGAUUUUGCGGAGAUCUUCAGACCUCAGGGCAGCUGCAACUCCUCUGUUCUCUAUACACAUUGCCCUUCCAACUGCAGCUCCUUAUUGCUGUAUGUUUGGGUAUGUGAACGCGGACAAUUCAGAGUGUGCGUGUCUUACUGAAAUUCGAAUUCAAGUCACAAACGCACGAGAUCUCUUUCGCUUCUGAGGAGCUGUCCUAGUUCUGAAAUGAAAAACGCAUUGAACUCAGAGACCCAGCACGCACCACGUCGCAAAUCUUACAUCUCAGUAGUCCAAACAAUGCAACUAUGAAAAAGAAGGGGGGUCAGUUUUAAGUCUUUUAAAGCAAAUAAAUUUACUAGGGUUUCAGUACUAUGAGGUCUUUAUAGCUAUAUAAAGCAAAAAAAAAAGAGACAUGUAUUAAGAUAAACAGUGGCAGACUGCAUUAGACACAAAGUGUUUAUGUUAUGUAUUGCAUAAAAUGUUUUUAUUAGAACAGACAUGGCACGAUUUUUUGUUGUUGUUGCUUUUCUACCAAGUUUUCACAUCUCAUUUUGAUCAAAACAUAGUUGAUUAGAAAAGCUCUUGCACACUUGUAUGUAGUUGGUUAAAAAAACAAACAAGAGUGAUAAUAGCUUUAGUUAAUGGUGCAAGAAUAAUUUAGGCAUCUCUCUAAUUGCACAGCGUUUUGGUUUGAAAUCAAACAAGAAUAAGCAAAUGAUGCGAUCUAGCAACAACCCAAAUGGCAACUGAAAAUGACUUUCCUUGUAUAUAGUUUGACCCAUCUCAUGAGGUAAACUUGUUCUCAGCAGGGGUUCACAAAUGGGUUUUUGAAUUGUUUGCUGUUUUUGGGCUUCACUGUGCCUCUGUAUUUUGCGAUCAGGGAUAAACUUUGUGUCUGAUUGUGUUUUGCUUUUACAUCUAAAAGAGGGAGACAGAUAGAGAGAAACCACAACAAAGGAUUUGAUGUUCAUGGAUUGAUUAUUGAUUUUGUGGUGUCCAUCUUUGUGAGUUUUUUUAAAAGGAGGAGUGGAUGGAAGGUGGAAUAGUGAAGCACACAGACCAUCAGAAGGGAUGUUGCAGAGGGGAAGUGGAGUCUGCGUGGACAGUUGAUGACAACAGGAGCACCUGCCUUGAAGACAGUGUGGCGGAUGGAGGGCAGAGGGGUUGGGGCGAUAAUGGCACACCCCACUGAGAGUUAUUACUUAAAGACUGUGCUGGGAUGAAAUGACAUUGUAAUGGGAGGGUACUUUAUGCCCUGUUUUCCAGGAACUAGGUAUUCUUGCUUUACAGCUUAUCUCUGUCCCAUUUUUUCUCCUGUAGCUCUUCAUCUCUCUCUCUCUCUCUCUCUCUCUCUCUCUCUCUCUCUCCUUCCUUUAUACAGUCCCUUCCUUAAGAGUUUUUAUGCUAAAAAGACUUUAUACAUAAAUCUGUUGCAUAAUAACUAGAGAUUUUGAAACUCUGAUUUAAUCUUUUGCUGAUAUUUGAGUAGAGGCAGAGUGUAUCUAAUCCAACUCCACAGGCAUGCAUGUGCCAAAUGUACUUCAAAGUCCUUUGGAUCAGUCAUGCCCAAAGAAAUGCAUGUGCAAUUUGGUCUACAUAUUCCAAAUUAGCUUUGGACUUUGAAUGAAGCAUUUGAAAAGUACAUUUGUUCAUUUGAAAAAUACACAAGGGCUUAGUGGAGCAACAAGUGUGUGUGUGUGUGUGUGUGUGUGUAUGAGAGAGAGAGAGAGAGAGAGAGAGAAAGAGCUAGAGAAAGAGAAAAGAAAUAGAAUCUGGUUUGAGGUAGCCAACUCCUAGUGAGGGCCACUGUCAUGCUGUGUGUAAUAAGUAGUUUCCUGAAUAAUUGUUUCAGGUCUUAUGUGUGGAGGGACUCCUUGGGCUCAUACACAAAGGAUCGUUAGCUCAGCUGGGCACUUUCCUCUAGGAUUCAAAAAUGCUUUGAGAGACAGCUUUACCCCGAAGCAAAUAAGACCAGUAAUCAUUCUCCCAGUGUCUACAUAUGAGUGUGUGUGUGUAUGCAUGUGUGUGUGUGUGUGUGUGUAUUUGUAUGCGUGUUAAAAAGACUUUCUAGUUUCCUCACUGUCAAACAUAGGAUGCAAGUCCAUUAGUACCAAAUGUACUAUUGUUCUGUUCAUGGAAAAAGAGUGCAGGUUUGUAGAUCCAUGACUCAGCCAUAAUGUCAAGGUGAAAUGUUUUUACUUCAAGCCAGAGAAUAAUGUUUUUCCUUCGUUCUUUGUUUGCAUAUAUUCAACAUACAUUUUCCUUUUGGAGUUGUAAAGAUUUUUAAAGUAUGUAAUCACAAUUUAGAAUUACAAUUAUAGACUAUAGAUGGCAGAAUACUAUGUGUCUCGGCAAGUUUAUAUAGUUUAACUCAGGAGUCAUGCAGCAAAAAAAAAUUAAUAAAUAAAAAAAAUUUCUAAUGGGAUUUUUGCACUAGCUAGCUUGUUACGGAUGGAAAAGUAUUAAAAAGAAACGUAACAUUAAAAAAGAAUGAGACAUAUAUGGGAGUAAUAUGGAAAAUAUCAACAUUUUAAAAGGGUAAAGACCUAAUAUAGCUGAAGUAUCAUCAUCAUCAGUGCUAGUGGAUAUGAUGAUACAUGCCCUAUACAUAUAUCACGUCUAGUACUUCUUAGUAUUAUUUCUGUGUCAUGGUAGCUUUGUAUUGAUCAUCUUUCACUCUGUCAAAGUACCAAAACAAAACAUUUGUGCAUAUGUUUUUCUAUUUAAGAAUAGCUUAUAAUUGAGCGAUAUGUAAUAAUGAGUUACUAUAAAACUCUUUCAAAGUCCAGAUUUUUGAAUGGUUUUCUUACUAAAUAAUUGCAUGCAAUGUUGAUGUCCAAAAUAUUUGAAUAUUCAUUGUUUAACACAUACAUCAAUUGAUGUAUCAUCUUCGAUAAAGGUUAUAGUCUUACAGUUUUUACUAGAUGACACCUUUUUGUAUACAAAGAAAUGCCAGAGGUGUGCUGAGUCCGUCACAGUCACCAUGUGCAGCAAGACUGAACGGAAUAAUACAAAGGGUAACUGUAUAUAUACAAUUAUGUAUAAAAGUAUGUAUAACUGUGUAUAAAGUAAUGUAUGUAACAGUGAUAUGAAGUUGAGUUAAAUCUAUUUUCUUUUCAAUGUUC